AUGCACCCAAGCCUGCGACUACGAGCAGCCCCCCUUUCUCGCCUUUCUCGACGACCCUUGCUCCUCCUCCCCUCCCAACAACAAUCAUCAUUAUUAUCGCCCCAAUCCCGACAACCACCUCCUCUCCAGUCCCGAAAACCACAAUCUCGCCCCCAUUCAAGAACAUUCCUCACCUCCCUCCUCCCCCCCCUCCCGACCACCGCCCCAAUAACCACUCUCUCCGCAACCAAAGUCCUCCCUUACCCCCCCUCAGAAAUCUACUCACUAAUCGCCGACAUAAACUCCUACCACCGCUUCCUCCCCCACUGCACCCACUCCCUCAUCACCUCUUUUACCCCCAAAACCAACCUCCCCAAAACCGGCGACCUCACAGUCGGCUGGGGUCCCAUCACCCAAUCCUACACUUCCAGAGUGUACUGCAUCCCCUGCACCACCGUCGAGGCGGUAUCCGGAAACGCCAGCCCUACCAUCCCGCUUGACGUCCUAAGAAAACACGGGUAUGAGAAUACAGAGGGGGACAAAAAGGGGUUGGAGGGGGGGGUGUUUGAGAGUUUGUGCACGAAGUGGACGGUGCGGGAAGUAAAAGGGGGGGUGACGGAGGUGAAAUUGGUGGUGAGGUUUCGGUUUGCGAAUCCGGCUGUCGGGCUCGCGGUUCGGGCCGUGGCGGAUGAGAUGGUGGGACGGAUGAUAUGUGCUUUUGAGGGGAGGGCCAGGGAGGUUUGCGGACGAGGGGGAAGGCCACAGGUCGGGGUGUGUAUAGGAGUGGCUACCUUGGGGGAGUAG